GGGUUAGGAGAUCUUUGAAUAGCAAUUGCAUAGACUCAUAGAGAAAUAAGGAGUUUUGGCAGCAGUAAAACAGGAAUAAUGUAAAUUAACACAGCUUUAAAAUAUCACCUGCAACUCGGACUCCUCCGUGCGCAGGGGAAAUGAAACUCGAUCUGGGCUCCCACCCACAACUCCAGCUCUACCUGCCAAGAGGAAGUCCAGCGGGCGGUUUCCAAGGUGCUUGGAGAUAACGCGGUUCGAGCGGUUAUGGCUUUGGAUAGGCAGCUCUCUGGAACCGCAUUCCUGUCGGCUGACCGACAAGAGUGGCUGCUGACAGCCGUCAGGAGCGGGAAGCUGACGUUCGGCCAAGCUUUAGAACAACUGAACAGAGAGCCGAAAGUCAUGGACUCACCCGUCUCCGUACCUCAACUGACCAAUGAAGAGCAACUCUCUAUUCUGAACAAGGUGAAACGUGGAGAGCUAACUGUCCAGGAUGCAUUGUGGUGUGCGCAAAAGGGCAAGUCUGAAUGCCCCAGUGUAGCCCUUCAGUCUAAGUUAAGCAAUGAAGAACAGCUCUCUAUUCUUAAGAAAGUAAAGAGGGGAGAGUUGUCCAUCCAGGAGGCUCUAGAGUUUGCAAAGAAAAGCCAAUGUGACCUCGCAGAUCGCAGCAAGGGUGGGAACGUGUCUCAGUAUAAUUUCAGCAUCUACAAGUACAACAGAUACAUAUGGCAGAAACGCAUAUUGCAGAUUGAUUUUAAACAGAAAGUGGUUUGCAGCAUUGAGAAGGGAACUGUAAAGAGACAGUUACCCUUCUCUCAGAUCAAAUCUGCAGAGGAUGGGCACGGAACAAAGUUUACCAUUUGUUUCCAAGGCCGUCAAGAUUACGAGCUGGAAGCUUCUUCGUUGGAAGACAAAGCAAAGAUCAUAGAACUCAUAAAUAAAAUCAUAUUUGAUAAUAUAUACUCCAUGCCUGAGAAAGAAAAUGAGCCCAUUUAUGAGGUGCCAACCAGAACAGGAUUUAUAUGUGAUGGACUGCUUGAUCUAGAAAAAGGUGGACUGGCAUCUAUCAGAUGGGCGAGGUAUCGUGCUGAGUUGCAUGAAGGAGAACUUGUUUUGUGUCAGACUGACCAGCUCUCCAAGGAUAAUGACUGUAAUCAGAGAUAUAUAUCUACUGUGAUCCACUUCUCUGAUGGAAAUGCUAGUGCUGAAAAGUUACAUGGAUGUGACACUUUUUCUGUGCACACAAAAAAGAAUGAGUAUCGGUUUCGAGUGCCAGUUACCAAUGCAUUCAAAAGUACUGAAGACAUCAAAAAGGACAGGGAUCAAUGGGUGGCAGUCAUUGACAAGCAGUGCCUUCACUGGAAGCUCAAGUCCCAGGAUCAGUUGACAUCUGAAUGUAAGGCUGUGUAUUCUACCAUAGAGAACGCACCAUCACUGGAAAAUAGGCGUGAGAAUCAGGUGGAACGAAAGAAGAUGAUCUUCUCAAAGGACAUAAAUUCUGAAGUAUCACCUCCAGUGUCUCCCUCAGGGCAUCCCACAAAGCACACCCAGGCUUUACGCAAUUCACAGUCUCUCCCUAACCAAGUAUCUUCAAUACUUUUUCCGUUACCCUCUCAAUGUUUUAUUGUAAGUGGGAGUAACUCUUCAGAGGCUAUGAAACCAGUACCUCUGUCCGUUACUACAGCAGCACCACCUCCUCCUCCUCCUCCUCCAGGGAAAAGGGCCUUCCAGCCAGUAUCAAAAAGAACAAAGCCAUUUCACUGGGACCUUCUGUCACAAGACAAGCUUGUUAAAACAUUUUGGACACAAAGUGACACCUCUAAAAUAAAAAUAAAUGAGUCCAAAGUAUAUGAGCAGUUCUGUAUUCAAGAUACAGGAGUCAACGUUGGAAUGGAAUCAGCGGCAAAUAUAAACAUUUUGCUUAACCCCAAGAUUGCACAUAACUUCAACAUUUUUCUCAAAAGCUUUCAUGUACGACCAUGUGAGCUAAAGGACAAGCUCCUUAUUAUUAAUGAAGAGGAUGGAGGACUAACUGAUGAACAAAUAACGUCUCUUCGAAGAUAUUUGCCUACUCCUGAUGACAUAGAAAUGUACAGGUCUUGUAAGAGCUCAGAUUCUGAGCUCCAUGUUGUUGACCAGUACAUGAAAGAGAUGUGUAAUAUUCCACACUUAACUCAUCGACUUGAUUUAUUGCUCACUAUCAGAGAACUUCCAGUUAGUAUGGAUGACCUUCAUCCUCUCAUAAGCCAGAAGAUUAAAAUGUGCACUCAACUACGGGACAGCAAGUCAUUUGUCUGUGUACUGGAGCACCUCCUUGUCAUUGGCAAUUACCUGAAUGAGAAUGCAGGAAAAGGAACAACUAAAGGUUUCAGGCUUUCUUCAUUGACAAAACUCUCACAGAUGCGAGGAAAGGAAAGGAAGUUCACCUUGCUGCAUGCCCUUGUGGAGCAGAUAAUGUUACAUCAACCGAACUUAGCGCUUUUUUUUCAAGAGUUGACAGAAAUUGAAGCCGUUCCGGGGGCUUCAAUUAAGGGCCUUACUGCAGAGGUGGAUGUUUUGAAGAAUGAACUGCAGAAAAUUAUUCAGAGUAAGAAGAUUUUCAAAUCUAAAAAUAAAACAAACCAGGACUCACAGUUUUACAAAGACUUAAAGACCAUAAUCCAGAAGUAUGAGGCAGACCUUUCACAGCUGACUAAGAAAUGUGAUGAAAUGAAGAAACUGUAUGCUGAUAUACUGCUAAAAUUUGGAGAACCUCAAGAGCAGGAUUCACAGGAGCUUUUUGGAUGGGUGUGCUCCUUUGUCUGUGACUUCAAGAGGAUUUACACCGAAUUCACAACCUAAAGACUGAGAGCUGAACCUACGGCAUGAUAGCCCUGGUGAAUCUUACCAGAUUGUUUCAUGUCUGCACCUUCUCAGGCUGUUGGUGUGGAAGCAGAAGUUCAAUAUAAAUAUGUAAUUUGAUGACUGUUCCGUGUUCGAUCCACUUUAUCUAGUUUGGAAUUAAGCCUGCAGCUUCAAACAAGAGGACAGAUGUCAGAUGACAAAGGAUUGUUGCCAAAAGUAAGAGAGAUUUGAUGGAAGGCUUUAAUAUGCUGAGGCUGUUGCAAUUACUAUGAAUUGUGUGUGCACUGUUGUUUGGCCAUUGUCUGUCAAUCUGUUUUACAAGGUUAAAAACAAGAAGCCAAAAUUGCAUCACUUAGAAGUGUCUCAUUAUGUAGUACUUUUUUUUUUUAUUUGACGUCAGGUAUGUUUUGUCAAUAGGCCAGCAGUGAGAGUGAUGAUCAGGGGCCAUGGAUUAACAUGCCUGAAUGCUAAGUUAACACUGCUUUUGGUGCUUUUUUUUCUAAUAAAAUAAAAUGUUUCUAUAAUA